UUAGUGUACACACCUUUGUAUGAUUGCCACAAUGAUCUAGCGACUACUGGCUCCGCAGACGGCAGUGAUUUCUUGGAAGUCAUCGCAGUACAGUCAGGUCUGGAGAGAGUCAGACAAUAUUUGACUCUUGAGUUAGCUAGACAACAGCGUAAAUUUUGGAUCCGCUGCCAAUUUGUGAAUAAUUGACGAGGGAAAUUGGACGAGUUUAGUAACCAUGACAGUCUUCUACUACAAGUAGUACGAAGACUGAUAACUCGGACUGGCAACAUGUUUACUGGUCUGAUCGAACACCUUGGAACAGUGUCUGCCAUCCACCGGGAUGAUGGUGGUUGUGCUUUAACCAUAUCACAGUCAGCACCUAUCUUGGUUGACUGUCAUAUUGGUGACUCCAUAGCUGUCAAUGGAGCCUGCUUGACAGUCGUCGAAUUCGAGGUCGAGCGUGAUGGAGGAUAUUUCAAAAUAUGGCUAGCCAACGAGACUCUCAGCAGGACUGAUCUGGGCGACCGCAAGGUUGGUGACCAGGUGAACCUUGAGCGCGCUAUGGGUGCCCAUGUUCGAUUCGGUGGUCACUUCGUGCAGGCUCAUGUUGAUAUAACCGCGACCAUUCUCAGGAGAGCUCUUGAUGGUGAUUCGUUGCGUCUUUGGUUCCAACUUCCCGAACCAACCGCAGAAAGACCCUCUCUUCUUCCUUACAUCAUCCCCAAGGGUUAUGUCACUAUAGACGGUGCUUCCCUAACCGUUAUUUCCGUCGAUGAUGCCGAAAGGAUGUUCGGUGUUAUGCUUAUCCAACACACGCAGCAGAAGAUCACCUUGGCGAAAAAAGCCAACGGGGAUAGGGUAAACAUCGAGGUUGACAUGGUGGGCAAAUAUGUAGAAAAGAGCGUAUUGGCUGCUCUAGAGGGUGGUGGUGGAGAAGCCAUGCGGACCUUCGUCCAGAGAAUUGUGGAAGAAACGCUUGUCAACAAGGGAAUCCUACCUUCUGCUCCAGUCUCCGCUGAUGAAUGAGUAGGUAGUUAAAUGAUGCGAGUAUGUAUGUUAUUUGUUACAGUAAAGCUGCGUUAUCGCAACCGUUUACCUUUGUUUCAUUGAUGCUCGGCUAUAAUAAGCAAAUACAUCCGAC